AGGAGGAGCUGGACGAAAGUGGUGCCCGUCUCGGUGCGGGUUUUGCUGCUCUAAGUUCCUCUUCCAGGCGCGCUGCUGCUGCUGGUCUUAUGAAAGACUGUGUCAUCGCGCCUAACUGGGGCGAGAGCAGGGGAGGAAAAUCCCUGCCAGCCAAAUUUGGCACUGGAGGAGGAGGAGGAGGAGGACUUCGACCACGGCGAGGGACAGAAGAAAUGCCAUCUUCAGUGAUUUGUGGCGCCUGCUGAAACAGGCGACCCAGCCAAGCCCUGCUGCCAGGCGCAGUCCAACGCUACCCAACUCCGGACUGGCUGAGCUCGAAAUGCCACCGAAGGAGCGUCGCCUUUCCCGGCUCGGCGCGUGAACGGCCCCAGUCCUCGCUCUCCCCCCCCCCCCCCCGCCGCUUUUUCCCUGCUUGGCUCUCCCUUUCUCUAAAAUGACGAGCGGCUCGGAAACCUCAUCAUGGCCAACGGGACGGGGGCGGCGGCGACAGUCAUGCUGAAGUGCGUGGUGAUCGGCGACGGAGCGGUGGGCAAAACUUGCCUGCUCAUGAGCUAUGCCAACGACGCGUUCCCGGAGGAGUACGUGCCCACAGUCUUUGACCAUUACGCAGUCAGUGUGACAGUUGGGGGCAAGCAAUACCUUCUCGGACUAUAUGACACUGCCGGACAGGAAGACUAUGAUCGCCUCAGACCGCUGUCAUACCCCAUGACUGAUGUUUUCCUCAUCUGUUUCUCCGUGGUAAAUCCAGCUUCUUUUCAGAAUGUGAAGGAGGAAUGGGUACCAGAACUUAAAGAAUAUGCACCAAAUGUACCUUAUUUAUUGGUUGGAACCCAGAUUGAUCUUCGUGAUGAUCCUAAAACAUUAGCAAGGCUAAAUGACAUGAAAGAAAAACCAGUAUCUAUGGAGCAGGGACAGAAGUUAGCAAAAGAGAUAGGAGCCUAUUGCUAUGUGGAGUGCUCAGCUUUAACGCAGAAAGGAUUGAAGACUGUUUUUGAUGAAGCCAUUAUAGCCAUUCUAACUCCAAAGAAACAUACAAUGAAAAAGAGAAUAGGCUCAAGAUGCAUUAAUUGCUGCCUGAUCACAUGAGAGCUGCUGGGACAAUGGCCACGCGUGCUGUGAAACUUCUGACACUGUGCAAAUAUACACUUCAAGACAGCAACACCUUAUUAAGAGAUCCACUGAUCCGACAGGGAAGCUGAUUUUAGGAACUGGCAUUUGGUGAACCCCAGAGGGGGAGGGAGAAAAUCACAAAUGUGUGAAGAAGUAGGCACCAUCUACUGCGAAGAUUUUAUUCAGAUGGGAAGAAAGGUACAAUCUCUCAGGGGUAACAUAAUUUAGGACACACAACAAAUGUAUGAUCACAUUGUCACUGCAUGUCGACCAUGCUGUAAAAAAGAGGAACAAAGCCCCACGAUGCUCUGAAAAGAUUUGGAAAGCCUUUUGCUUUGCCCAUACCCCUGUGCAGUCUUCAUGGAAUUGCACAAUCAAAAUGCCUCUCCUCUUUGUGCCAGUUAUCUGCUUUUAUAUGUAAGCUGCUUCCUAUUCCAGUAUAUCCACAAAGAUGCAAUAAGGAGACCAGCCACAUAGCCAAAGGUGGCUCCAAGUGAACAGGAGAUGGGCCACACCUGAAAGAGGAAAAUGCUGUAUUAGAAGAAGAAAAGGAUGUACUUUAAUGAGCACAAGGUUUUGGUAUAACUGAAAGAAACCAAAAGGGGGUACAGAAUCUUUGCAAAGCUUGACCUGCUUUUACCAAGAAUGCCAAAAAAUGGUAAUAGCCAUCAAGCAUUUGUUAUGAAUAUGAACAAUUGUACAGUUUUUAAACUCAUGUGCAUUAAAAUGUAACUAGCUGCUGGCUAUUGCAUAUGAUGCUUGAUCAGAACCAGGUAAGAAAUAUGUGGUGCAUCUGUGGUCAGAGCAGUUGAUGUAUUCUUAUUUUCCAGUUAAGUUGCUAACUUUUUAAAGCAUGGAUGGUUAGAACUGUCUGUAUUGCUUCUCCCUCUCCCUUCCCUACUGCAUUCUUUCAUUCCUAGGUAGCUCUGAUAACACAUUUGAUAUUGAAGCACAACUGAAUGAAACAUAUUAAAGGAGACCAUAAAUCAGAGGGAAGGGCAGGGGCACACAUGAUAAUGACUGCUUCACGCAAUGACCUUUCUCUGCCAGCAAUAGCAACAAAUAUUUGCAAGAUAAAGUUCUGCUAUCAUGCUAGAAAGCAUACUGAAUUGGAUCUGAGCAUCCAUCUUCUGUGGAUAGAAGGUUCUCCAUCACUGGAGAUGUCUGACCCAGGAGAAGAAUCCCUGUAAAAAAUUGAGGAACUGAUGGUCUUUCCCAAUUCAUCACUUUUCCUGCAGUCUUCUUAGCUGCUGCUGCUCCAGAAUAUUAGGGAAAUGGGUACUGGGUUCUAUACCAAAAUGCCCCUUUUGACCAGCAACAGAAAUCUGAGCAGAAGUUGGUUUAGAGAAUACUCCCAUGAUUGGAACUAGAUCCAGCCUUUGUAAAACUGUUGAUCUCUCUUUUUUAACCCUCCCUCCCUCUCAGUGCUGUUCUCAAAUGAAAUUAAUUGGCAGUUCCUGAAAUAUAUUUGCUGCUUAUGUGUUAUACCUGCACUUCGAAUUCCAAGUUGUAUAGGCAAUGUGGAGCUGCAGUUCCACAAUAUCCCAAUAUUGUGUGUUCAAUCAAGAGGUGAAAUAUGUAAGGAUAAAAAUUCCAGGAACAGUGCCAGAUAUUUAUGUGGAAUUCCCUAGUCAGUAUUAAACAGAUGAAGACAUAAACAUGGUAGCACAAUCCCGUUUAUGCACCACUAACUGAAUUUAAGCCUUGAAACUAUACUCCAAGAUCUGUUUGUGAUGGGUGAAAUCAGAUGUAGCUAGCCAGAUCCACCCAGAACAAAAUAAAGAUACUAUGCCACUUGUAAAUGGCUAUCAGUCAAGUCAGGUUAUCAAUCAGUCAGAUAACUAAUUUAACAAAUCAGCUGAUUGAUCAACUGGAAUUGCAUCUGAAUAAAAAAAAAAAAGAACUUCACGGAGAAGGAAAGCAUACUUGUUAUUUUCAGAUAAUGCCCAUCAUAACCUAUCUUAGAAGAGGAAGCUUCAGAAUGUGGAAAAAAAAUGAAUGCUGCUUCCAGGAUAGUGCCUCCUUCCUAAAGUUUUUAUAAAUACACACAAAAAUUAAGGUUAAAAAAAAGGCUGACAUGCAGGGCACCUUUUUAGUCAAUAAAAUAGUUUUAAUUGGUUUUACUGAUUACUCACUAAAUGUCACAGUGUAAUAAAAAUGAAUGCAUUGCAAAUGAACGCUGCUUCGAAUUACAAUGGAUAGGCAAUCAGUUGAGUUCCUUAAUUGGACAGGGCAUCAUUUUGAGCAUCAUUCUUCUCUAAGUGAAAUCCAGUCCAAGCUAUCUUUAUUGGGCAAGUCAGGAAGUGUUAGCUGCUUAAUAUGGGUGGAGUUAUACAACAGGAUUUUUAUAUGUAGCUCCAAGGAGCAGUUUCCCUCUUUAAUUUUUGCUGCUCAGCAAUGGCAGCAGGGAAGGGUUUGCUGGCACAGAGGGAAUGGAUGGGUUGGCAGGACUGCAUUUUGGUAAUUAUGAAUGUGUCCUGCCUUUGCAAAUUCAUUGUUAAAGCAUAUUGAAAAUGAUUUAAAUUUUAAAAAUGAUUAGAGUUUAUUAAGGAGCUUUCAGAUUUGAAAUUUACAAACUAUAAAUAUAAAAUAAAGACAUUUCAGUGAAUACUUUUAAGAACAUUAGUUUAGAGCUGGCUAAUUACCCCAACUUUGUUAUAAAAGAGAAAAUUAAUGGCAGACUUUUGCAGAGAUGCAGAUGAGAGACAUUAAGAGGCAUUAGCUCUAUUCAGUGCUUCCCCUUUUGCCUGAGCUCUGCAUGUGAGAAAAAAGAGGAAGGGGGGCUAGUUAGUUCUACUCCUCCCUUGUGCUCUUGUUGCAUCCUCCACAUUGAAGCCAAUUGUUCAAAGAUUCUGUAACCCAGGAAGUGUCUUGCUGUACAACUGCCGAUCACAUACAGAAGCAGCGAGAAUGGGGAAGGGAGGAAGAGUUCGUUCAUCCCACCUCCAUCUCCUCAUAUAUAAAGCUUACACAUGAGAGCCACUGAAUAGGGCUACUUCUUUCAUAACAAAGCCCACAUUUAUUUCCACUCUGCUGAGUUUGCAUCUCUUAGCAAAGUGACUCUUAACCUAUGAAUGCAAGCUGCUAGCACAAUAGCCUUCCUUGCCAUGAGCCACAGCUAUUCUGCUCUAAGUUAGCUACUGUAAAAUGAUUCUUAGAAUGAUGAACUUGUGGCCAAAAACCAGCUUUGUGCUACCAUACAGUUCUUGCAUGUAUACACAGUGUAAACAAUCUAGCUUGAACUGGGAAUGCCUUGCUCUCACUUUCAGACUUGCAGAUAUAACAUUGCAGCUGUCAUCAUUAUCUGCUCCAAUCUAAAAGUUAUCACUGUAUGUUCUUAAUAUGAAUUGAUGAUGUACAGUGAUCCACACUAUUUCUGUGGUGUUAGAAGUAUGCAGAUAUUCUCAACAAUCACCCCAUCAUUCCUGCAUCUGACGAUUGUCAGUGGACCCCUUUGUACAUCAGUGGGCCUGACCUGUAGACCUCUUCUUUCAACCAUUUUCUUUUUUUAAUAAUAAUUUUAGCAGAAAUUACAAUUGUACAGAUAAAAACUAAUAGGAACUACAAAAAAUUAAGAACAAAAAAUAUAAAGUGCAAGAAAAAAAUGUAAGUAUAGCAGAGAAAAAAGAAAGAGAAAAAAUAUGAAGUAUCUUCCCCCGUCACAAGUAUUAAAAAAAAUAUUUUAAACAACUCAUCACCGUGCUGUUCUGAGGGUUCUCAGUAUUUUUUUAAAAAUAAAAUAAUUCCAAAAGUGGUUAAGAAAUGAGGAUCAGUUGAACGUAAAGUCCUUAGAGGCUAUAUUACACUUGUGAGCCUGAUGAAAUUCCUCAAUUCCCAGCUGCUCAACGCACAAGCCACUGCAGAAACAUCAGUUCCUGCUGUCUACUCAUGAGUAGCAGCUGUCCAUAAUAUGUACAGGCGAUCUCAUGAUCCCUCCUUUCUCCGGAGAGAUUUCAGAGGCUUAGAUCCAGCAUCUAGCCACCAAUUCAGCCAUAAUAUUGUCCCUGUUGUUCAGGGAUGUUCAUUCGCCAUGGCCCCACUGGAAGUACUCCUUUCAACUAUUUUCAUGUAGUAAUCUAUGACUGCAUAUGUUAAGACAAUAACUCUCAUGGUUCUCGGCCAAUGUAACUAGGAAUUCUGCCUCUUGCAAUGAAGUACAGUAUUGUACAUCCAGGCUGGGAAAACUGAUCUACCUGCUUGGGGGUUCGUACAGACAAGUCUUUACUAGAAUAUAAUUUACAAUAUGUAUAUGUAAGGCAAUACCCAGUUAGGUAAACCAGAAAUGUGAAGCAGAGCACUGCUAUCCCAAUCCACGGGCCUUAACUUAUUUGAACUACUCUUUAUUCAAGUAAAAGUAAAAGGUAAAAGUAAAAAAAAGUAAAAGGGUUGAGAAAUCUUUCUUGAUACCAAUGGUUUAUUUUGAUACAGACUUUUAAACAUUUAGCCAAAAUUAAAGAUUAAAUUAUUUGAUUAAUGAACUGACUCCAGUUCUGAAACUUGUUGGCCCAAAUAACACAACAGAGGCCAACUUUUUAUUUAAAUGAAGAAAAACACUGUUGCAGCUUAUCUCUACUCUUUCGUAGAAUGCUAUAAGCUCAAGCCAUCCUUACAGUGCCUUUUGCUAUGCUAAGAUAGGUACACACUGUAUUUCCUUAACCUUUAUGAAAGGCACAAUUUACAAUCCCCUGUCCUUCAUCUUGUUUUUCACUAAUCACCUGGACAACAUACGAAAUGUAAUCCAGGCAAUAGAAUGCUAAACUGUCUGUCUGUUUCUCUGUCUGGGUGGCAUUUAGCUCCUGUCUCCAGUUUGCAAAAUGCAUGCACAAACACAAGUUCUAGAACAGCUUUCCCUUACUGGUGUUUUGGAAAUACAAUUGACAGACCUCUGAGAUAUCAUCCUAUCCCACCUGUGGGGCUCCAGGUUGAAGGCUAUUCCAGAACUAGUUUUGAAGAGAACAGGCAGGAAAAAGCCAUCUUACUGUUCCACAAUUUCUCCUAGCCAUUAAUUUUUUCAUCAUAUUACUCAUCAAACUAACUUCUUUGUUGUUUGUAAUCUGCUUUGAUUUGAUCUUUUGUGCUUAAUCUUCAUAUCACUAAAUGUGCGUUUAGUGUUGUAUAGGAUUAUUUGGAGGUCUUUAGAAGAGUAGUCAAGAUGAUAGUAAUAUUUUCAUGAGGUGCCUUAGGGACUCUUACUGACCUUGCUUCUGCCUUUUAUUUACAGCCUGAGAAAAGUAACUGUUUCAAUCUGUCAUGCCUGCUUUUCAAACCAAAGAUUUGCUUAUUCAUGUUCAGUAACAUGGCAUUGCAUAUUUUCUGCAAAAUGUUAAAUAGUGUUUAUUCAGUGCUAACAUACUGCAUUUUUGGCCUGGUGAAGGCUGAAUUUCCAAUGGACAUUUUCAUUCAAAAUAACUUCAAUUUCAUCAGGAAUUGACCAGACAUUAAACAAUAAUAAAACAA